AUGUUGCCACAAAUUAUUGUCAUUGCUACUUUGGCGGCGACAGCCUUUUCAGCGUCAACAUCUGGCGGCGGAGCUCUAGCUGCGCUACCGGCGUGCGCUGUUUGUGGGAAUGUCAAUGUCACUGUUUCGUUUUCUAUAGGAUGUCCCAGCGAGACCACUACAAAUUCUCGGGGCUCACUUACGACCAUCCUGACCAACCGGCUAGGGGCGACGGUCAACGACCAAGGCGCAUUCCCGACGAACUACAAUAAUGGAAGUGUCGAAGCUGGUCCUAGCGUGGCUACUACAGGGCCCGUGGCUACGUUCACUGGGAAGCCACUUUUGACAGGAACAUGUACUAUUCCACAAAUCGCCACAACCACGCUGAACGCUGGCGACAUCCUUGAGUACCCAUGGGUGGGCUGUUCGGAAGAAGCCCCUGAGUGCUGUCCCUUCAAUAUCAAUAUUGGAGGAAAGCUUAUCUACACCUCCGCUCUCGCAGGCGAGACACCCUGCUACACAACAUCAAGCCCGGCCGUUCAAUCCCCGAAUGCAACACUGAGUGCUUCCGGAGCAUCGGUUAGUAUGAUCAACACCGAAGUCUUUACUCUCCGCUACGCCCUCAGGCAACGACAACAAUCCGCACUAUCGGUGGGCGCCAAAGUCGGUAUCGCUGUAGGCGCGGCUUGUGGUGGAGCGCUCGCAUUAAUCGCACUGGCCAUCUUCAUCCGAAAACGCCGCGCCCAGAAACGCGCUCAAAGAGAGGAAGCCAAUAUGCCUAAGCCCGAGUCUGGAAAUAUGUACCAAGGCGGCUUUAAUGGAUCACAAGCCGCCGUCUCCGAGCUACCUAGUCCUCAUACGAUCCGCCCUCCCACACCACCACUGCCAGAUAACGCAAUAUGGUUCAACACGCCUUUGGGAAGCCAUGCACCAGGCAGGGUAAUGACGCCGACGGAGUUGGCGGGGAGCACGUAUAUUAACGAGCAUCAUCCGGCGUACGGAGUCAGUCCUGUGACGCCUAAUGUAAACGGAUUUCAUGAUGUACCGGGGCCGCCUGAGGAGUUGGCGGGUGACGAUCUAAUGAGGGGGACCGUGUCGAGAGAGACUGCGCGGACAGAGUUGGUGACGAGAGGUGAGGGGGCUGGAAGCUCGCCGUUGAGUCAAGAGAGUGAGAGGGCUGGGGGUGCUGGUUGA